UGAUAUAAUUUAUUGCCUAUUGGUCCGUCACUCUGUCUUUGAUCUUUAUACACUUAUUAAACCCUCCGGCUUGUUCGGUUGUUCUUCUUAAUUUUUUUAAACAGUUUUGACUUUUGAACAAGAAGCCAAGAUUAUCACUGAAUAAUAAAGUAAACUUGGUUAACAGUCUUUUGUAUUAUAUUAUUUAAUGUGAGUGACUGAGUGAGUAAAUUUUUAAUGUUAUGGAUAGUUUCCCUCCAGCCAACUGUCGUUUGCAAAUACUAAUUGACGACCAGUGGCGUCAAGAAAACUUGUCAUUUGACGAAAUAGUGGUUCCCAUUAAAGAACUACCCGAUCCUGAGGCAGACGCCACCGAUGCUCAUUUGACACUUACCCAACAGGACACUAAGUGGACCGACUUGGCUCUUACAAAUAUACUUAGUGAUAAUCCAUUGCCUCCACCACCCAGAGUUUGA